AUGUCGCAGCCCGUCGACACACUCAAGCCCAAACCAGAGGCUUCUGGUGCUGAUGCAUCUUCGGGCCAGUCUUCUGCCCCUGACACCGACUACCUUUCAGCUGUUGAUGCUCAGCAAUACGCAGGCAUGACAUCUCAGCCCACCUCGCCAGGAUAUCCAUACAGCGUCUUGUCGCGAACCACUUCAAAUGGAAGCUACAGUGAACUCGACGAUGAAAGCUUUCCUCCCCUCGACCGCCUUACCAUGUUCGACAUAAUCGAGAACCUCGCCUUGCCUCAGAGAUUGGAACGUUUUCAGCAUUCCAUCACUGCUCAGAAGGACAAGGUUCGUCGACAGCAGCAGAAAAUUAGGAUGUCUAGUAUCACAGCCAAGGACAAGAUGGUCGAGGAAUGGAGACGUCGCAUCCCAACUCCUGAUGAGCAGCUGGACAAGUACAAGAAGCGCAUGCGCGACAACGUCGACCGUCUCAGCAAGAAGUGGAACGAUGCCAAAGCGGUUACACUACGUGAGAAGAUCUCCUUCAUCACCGGUGUUCUCAACAUCUUUAUCUCUGGCUAUCUCAUAGGCGCCUACCCCGAAUACUUCCACAUCUGGUAUACCGCACAACUGGCCUACUUCAUGCCUAUCCGCUACUACAAGUACCACAAGAUUGGCUACCACUACUUCCUCGCUGACUUGUGCUACUUUGUCAACCUCCUCAUGCUUCUGACCAUGUGGUUCUUCCCGAAUAGUAAGAGAUUGUUUAUCAGCACAUAUUGUCUGGCUAUGGGAAACAAUGCCGUUGCCAUUGCUAUGUGGAGAAACUCGCUAGUCUUCCACUCCUUGGACAAGGUCACUAGUCUUUUCAUCCAUAUCAUGCCAUGCGCCACGCUCCACUGCCUCGUUCAUCUGAUCCCUAUGGAUUUGCAGAAGGAGAAGUUCCCCGCUAUAUACAGUAUCAAACACUCCCCUCCGUCCUCUCCCGAACACUACACUCUUUGGGGCAUGAUUGUUUGGGCCACCGUUCCUUACGCUUGUUGGCAGCUGAGCUACCACUUCAUGAUCACUGUCAGGCGAAAGGACAAGAUUGCUGCUGGACGUCCAACCUCUUUCACUUGGCUUCGCAAGUCCUACGCGAAGAAUUUCCUCGGCAAGUUUGUACUUUCGCUUCCCGAAGUUCUGCAAGGCCCAGCUUUCAUGAUGAUCCAGUAUGCAUAUGCUCUCAUCACUAUGGUGCCCUGUCCUUUGUGGUUCUGGUACCGUUGGGCCAGUGCAGCUUUCNNCCUCACAGUCGUCUUCACCUGGGCCACCUACAACGGUGCCACAUUCUACAUUGAUGUCUUUGGCCGCCGCAUGGAGAAGGAGUUUGAAGCUCUCAAGAAGGAAGUCGCGAAAUGGCAAGCCACUCCUGAAGGCAAGCCUAUUCUGGAGGAGUCAGACCCUGCUUUAAAAGCAGUCAAGAGCAUGUCUCUCGACUCACAGGGGCCUGCCCAACAUCACUCAGAGAAUGUCGAGGGCAUUGGACCCAAGCAGACCGGCUCGACCUCAAUUGAAGAAGCUACGAAUACUGGUGAAGUUCGCCAGAGAUGA